CGAAUCUUUAGUUUUCAGUCGAUAAAAAAUUAGAGGCUACAGUAACGAUCUAGGAUGACUGACCUUGUUAUCCGUCACACAAAGAGACUACCACAGUCUAGAUGUUCCCCUUUCACUAAUGGGACUACUGAUGUCACCAAAGAGAAAGAGCAGAAAGAAGAAGCUGCGCGACUCGGAGUUGAGCUCUCGCUCUUUAUGGCUGAAGCAAUGUUCAUAUUAUCCGAUGACAGACGUUCUAUGACGUACUUCUGUUUUUUUACAUUGUUUAAAACAAAGAUGGAUCGUCGUGGUCCCGCGGUAAGACGAUUGUACCGUGUUAUACAACUCGUGUAUGCAACAUAUAUCAAACCCAAGAAUCUCGUCUACAUUGACGGUGGAAAAUCCACUCAGUCAAAACUGAUGGGGACGUUCCGACAGGAUUUUGUUUCUGCCAUCAGAGGUUUGGCUCACAUUGUUUCCACUCUCGAAAUUGGUUGCCUAGUGAAACCGUCUGUUUUGGAGCAAUACAACCAAGAGCUGCAGAAGCUAGAGGAGAAUUUGAGGUCUGUCAAGGAUGUUUCAGAGGCAAAUGGGUUUGCUAGGGAAGCAAUAGAGUCUGAGAUUCUUCCCCUGUGGAAGUCUCUCUUUGAAACAAAUUCUCAAGUGAUAAAACUUGAUAAGACUAUUAAUAGUGAGCUGCUUAGGCCUCUCUUGAACGAAUUGAACAAGGAGGUUUGUGCUCGUAGUCUUAGGGGCUAUUAUUGGUUUGUGAGUUUAGAAGAUUUUUGAUGAUUUUUAUUGUAAAAACAAUUUAACAAAUUUUAAAAGAAUU